GCAUAAAAAUGAUAAUUGUUUCCUCUCUCAGGCAUUCAAUGCUGAAAUGGUGAACAACGGGCCCGAGAACAUCAAGCCGGGACAUCUAGGACAACUCUCAAAACCAAAAUAGAUAAUAAUGAUAAAGAAAAGAGGAGUAGAAAAAGGGAGAAAAAGAACUACAAGCAAGAGCAAGAACUAAUUAAUAAUUUCUUCAAUACCCCACGAAUGGACACACUACUACUACUACUACUACUACUACUACUACUACUACUACUACUACUACUACUACUACUAAGAAUAAUCUUGAUACCUAGGUGGGCCUUCUAUGUUGAUCUUCUUGUGUGCCUACAUCUUCUAUAAUGACAUACCUAGGUGCUGGCUAUGAUGUUGCAUUUUUACUACAGAAAUGCGUUCACCUCGGUGGGAAAAACUUCAUGGAACGAACCUCUAAAAAUGGGUGUUUACCUCUAAGAAUGGGUGCUUAUCAAGUUGGUGUCGAGGUGUACGGCGAUGAGUGGAGUUUCCUAUUCUACAACGAUGUCGUGGAGGACCCAACAGUGACAGGCUGUAAUCGUGUGCAGCCAAGGGAACAUCCAGACUUCUCCUUUCGCACAAGCAUUUAUAUGGGUACUACUUUUCGUUUCGCACCACUACCACAAGCAUUUAAUUAUACGGGUACUUAUACAUUUUUUUCUUCAUUAUAUCGCUCCCGCCGAGCGUAGAGGUGCGACAGUCGCAGCUGCGGGAAGGUCGGUGCCCUGCGGAGGCAACCUGAUUGCUUGCUUGGUCGUCGUCUGAACUUGUUGAUUGGGCAUUUAGUUUCCGACCCCUCCCGUUCGUUGAUAAUUCUUCCUGUUAAUGAGCAUGAUCAUAAGUUCAUCACUAGUACUAGUCUAAAAGUAGAGUGUAUGUUGACUAUCCCAAUAGGUUCUUCAUAAACAGGUAUUUAGGUUCCGACAUCUCCCGUUGAUAGGUAAUUCUUAUGUUAAAGAAGUUUACCUAGUACUUCGUUCACUUUCGAACCACCUCAAUUACACAAAAAUAUCUUAUGUGUAUAUACAGAGUAGUUUAUAGCACGCAUGGUGCAUGGAGUGCAUGGAGCGCAGAGCUUUAAGGGGCGCAAGAAGCUCCCCCUUUAGCUCCGUGCUACUCCAUGUGAUCCAUGCACUCCAUGCCAUGCGAGCUGUGAAACCUUAUAAAUUGCUCUGGUAUAAGACGUCGAUGAAGCGCUUACGCAAUCUCCAUAUUAAGCAUAAUGCUUGGGCCCCGCCACAGCCCCCGCCACGGCGGCUAGCCUUUUCUCUUUUCUAUCUUCCUCUGGAAAAAGAAAAACAUCUUCUUCUGGUGCUGUUGCUACUUCUGCGGAAGGUACUAAUCAACCGGGAUCUUCAUCAUCUUCCAGUGCCAAUGCGAACUCUACUACUACUUCAAAUCCUUCCAACGCGAAGAAGAGUAAUAAUUAUGACUUCCGGAAAUGUCCCAUUUUGACUCCAGAAGCAGCAUCUUGGGCCCCGCCACAGCCCGCGCCACGGCGGAUAGGGCUUUACUUUUUUUUUUUUCUAAUCUUUACUUGAUGAAAGCUAGCGUUUUCUCUUUUCUAUCUUCCCCGAAGGUCUGCUAUUACUUCAGUCUUCUCGGCUUCCUCUACCUGAUCAUGUGCAUCACCUGAUCUACAUGUUGAGCACCAUUCCCAUUUUCCUUAACAUACAUCCAGUGAAGUACUUUCUCUCAAGAAGAGGCGGCUGCUUCUCUUAAGAGAUGAAUUAGGUUCAGGUUCAGGUGUCCGUAGAGAAGCUAUAUCGUUACCUGCUCAAGUAGAGCAUUAUGCUGUUACUCCACUACAUAAAAACUUCUUCCUCUCUACUUCCUCUACAUGAAGAACUUUCUCUUUCAGGUCGAACACCUCUUGGGGCGAUUGAGGUUUCGCGUCGGUUACUGGUCGUGCUCAUGGAUAUUCGAAAACUCAAAAUAACCGAGUUACUGACUGAAAUAAGGGAGGUAGCUUACCGUCAAGGCUACUCUUCCUCCUCGUCAGUAUCUCGGUUAUUCUGA